CAGCAGUUCCAGCCGCCCCGCUCCAUCGGUUCCAAGAAAGGUUCAAUGGAAGUCAAAAAAAAAAUUCACUUCCCCUAAAAAGAAGGAAAAAAAACCUGCAAAGAAGUUCUCAGUAGCAGUUCGUAAAUAUUUUCCGGAGACAUGGUUAUGGACAGACAUCAAACUAAACGACACUUCCGGUAUACAUGCGAUGGAAGUGAAAGUUCCUGAUGCCAUCACCAGUUGGGUUGCAAACGGAUUUGCGAUGUCAUCUUUGUACGGUAUGGGGAUCUCAAAUCAAGCAACGUUGAAAGCAUUCAAACCUUUCUUUGCUCACAUCACGAUGCCAUAUUCCGUAAUCCGUGGGGAAGAAAUACCCAUCACAGUGACAGUUAUAAACUACAUGUCAUCCUGUGUUCCAAUUAAAUUAGAAUUAAUUCGCAAAGCCAGUGAUUUUAAAGUUACAUCAAUUCACAUCAGCAAGAUGUGCGUGUGUAGUGAUGAGGGAAAGUCUACGAAAUUCAAUGUUAUUCCCACUAAACUUGGUCAUAUACCAAUUACGGUUAAAGCCACGACUUCGCAAGCAAAGCUUUGCCCUAAGUUCACUCUCUACGCAGUUGACGCUGUCACAAGAACAUUGCUGGUUGAGCCAGAGGGAAUAAAGCAGCAAUACACCAGAGGAACAUUCUUUUGCGCUUCUUUAAAUGAAAAAUAUGCUGAAACGAUUGACCUACCGCUACCAACCAACAUCAUUUCAGGAUCUGUGCUACCAAAAAUAUCGCUUAUUGGUGAUAUGAUGGGACCUGCCCUAACAAAUCUUGACGGACUAUUAGCAAUGCCGUAUGGUUGCGGAGAACAGAACAUGGCUAAAUUUGCUCCCAAUAUUUACAUCAUGGAUUAUCUCACGAACACAAAUCAAAUUACAAAGAAAAUAAAAGACGAUGCAGUUUAUUAUAUAUCCUCUGGUUAUCAAAGACAGUUAACGUACAAAAGGAAAAGUGGUUCGUACAGUGCCUUUGGAGACUCCGACAGUAAAGGAAGCAUGAUGUUAACAGCUUUUGUUGUUCGCUCAUUUGCGAGAGCCCGGAGAUAUGUAUUUGUUGACAAAGAUCAAAUCAAACAUAGUGUCGAGUGGUUUCGAAGAAAGCAAUCACGUUCAGGUUGUUUUCCAGAGUAUGGUCAAGUGUUUGAUAGAUCGCUUCAAGGUGGAUUGAACAGCGAACUUACUAUAACGGCCUACGUCGCCAUAGCUUUACUGGAGGCAGGUUUUGAUGAGAAGACAUCUAUGGUUUCCAGAGCUCUUAAUUGUAUAUCACGAAAUCUGGAUACAAUUCAAGAUUCCUACACCACUUCAUUAGUAUCGUACCUGAUGGUGCUGGCAGAUCAUCCGAAAGCAGCAAUAAUGAUAAGUCGUUUGAAAACCAGGGCGAUAAGAGAGGAAGACGAACAACUUUACUGGUCAUCAGGCAACGUAAAUCAAGCACGGUUUGAUUAUUACCACCAAACAUAUGCCGCUGAUGUAGAAAUGACCAGCUAUGCUUUAUUGGCCUACAUCAAGCGCAAUGAGCCUCAUAACGAAUUAAAAAAGAUUGUGAAAUGGUUAUCAAAACAACGAAAUUACUACGGAGGCUUUUCUUCCACACAAGACACCUGUGUAGCGUUACAAGCUCUUUCUGAAGUCGCUGCAAGAUUUUAUUCCAAGAGUGAUCUUUCGAUCUUGAAUGUAUCUGCGAAUAUAAAAGAUGGUUUUGACCAUAAUUUCUCAGUUACUGACAACAACAAAUUGAUACUACAACGCGUAGAGAUUCCAAGUAAUUUCUUGCCAAAUACUUUGGGUAUAAAUGCAUCUGGUUCAGGAUGUGCUUUAUUACAGGUUUCUGUGAAAUACAAUAUUCCCGUCUUUGAAUUGCCGCCAGCCUUCAAUGUGAACGUUUCCGUGCAUCCACGCGGAGCAAAAGAUGAGGAAGAAGAAACUCCUUCAUGUCAACCUUUGCAAUUAAGAAUACAAGCAAGAUGGCUCAAAAACGAUGUUUCAAAUAUGGCUAUAGUUGACGUUAAGCUCGUGUCGGGAUUCACCGUGAACGAAAAAUCUCUAGAACUGAAGUUAAAGAGAAACAAAAAGUGCAGGGCCAGCCAGGCAAAUAGGGCAAUCUUAAAACGAUUUGAAACAGAAGGACAACACGUUAUUCUGUAUUUCGAUGAGAUAAAAGAGUUGGAUUUCUCGCUGGAUAUUACGCAGAGUACAUUAGUAAAGAACGCCCAGCCAGGUGUUGUCAGUGUCUACGAUUAUUACGAACCAGAAAGUCAAGGGAAAGUGAUGUACAACAUCACUGAAGAUGAUUGCCGUAGUGAAGAAAGAGGAUGCUCACUGACACCGUGCGGUUCUAACGGUUACUGCACAAACACAAACGGUUCUUACUUCUGCCAGUGUGCAUCAGGUUUCACAUCAUCGGACGUGGACAGCCUUGUACAGCUACUAAAUGCCCUGCGGGUUGGGAGGCAUUCGAUGGGCUCUGCUUUUAUAUCAGCAAAUGGCUUUGCGACAUCAUGGAACAGUGCGAAAGACGACUGUCGUCGGCGUGGCGGCCAUUUGGCAGUUCCAACCAACACGAAAAUGAAUAAUUAUCUCUAUCAGGUUAUUAAGCGACAUAACCUCAUCGCAGCGUGGAUUGGCGUGUACCGAAGAUCGGGAAGAGUGUUUUACACAGUGGGUGAUGAGGAGAUCUCGUAUAAAAACUGGAAUAGAUGGGAACCAAACAACGCUGGCGGGCGGGAAAACUGCGUCGAAAUAUUAAACAGAGCAACAGGGAAAUGGAAUGAUCGGCCAUGUCACUUGAGCGAUCGUCAUUACCUUUGUCAGCGGUGUCUGUGA